GUGGUGACAGGUGCUGUUUGAGAGGGAUGCCCUCCCUUCAGCGUACAGUAAGAGUACUUACCAAAAUACUCCACUUUGCAUUUUCACAAAGGCUUCCCUCGCUGCACUCCAGCCAACGCCUUGAUGCCUAUUCGUGCCCUGUAAUUCACGGUGCGCGUGAGUGGCGGGCGCAACGUCCAGGGCGGAGCCCUCCGCUGUGAUAACCCGCCAGCAUCGCAGAACACGCGGAGCAGCAACCGAAAUGGGCAAACUGCUGACGGUAGGGGUAGUACUAGGAGGGCUGCUGGGGCUUCUGAGCGAACGGUUUUUAACUUACAGGUCAAGGUUGCUUUAUGACAGAGAACCAGAAAAUAAAGAUUUGCCAAACUGUCGACUUAUUGAAGGCAUUGAAUAUGGGUCUGAAGAUCUUGUUAUCCUUCCCAAUGGUCUGACUUUCAUUAGUUCUGGCUUGAAAUCUCCAAUACUGAAAAGUUUUGCUCCAGACAGACCAGGAGAAAUUUUUCUGCUGGAUCUCAAUGAAGCCGAUCCAAAGCCGGUGGUACUAAAGAUCAGUGACGGAUUUGAUGUGUCGUCAUUUAAUCCGCAUGGAGUGAGUGCACAUAUAGAAGAAACUGAUAAUGUGGUGUACGUCUUUGUUGUCAACCACCCUCAUGGUACCAGUACGGUGGAAAUCUUCAAGUUUGAAGAGGAAAACAAUUAUUUGUUGCACCUUAAAACCAUCAAGCAUGAACUCUUGCCAAGUAUAGAUGACAUUGUAGCACUCGGGCCAGAAAGCUUUUAUGCCACUGUUGACUAUUACUUUGCUAACUUUAUCAUGCAGUAUGUUGAAAUACUCUUGGGUUUGCCAUGGUCUUCUGUUGUGUACUACAGCCCAACAGACGUAAAGGAAGUAGCGUGUGGAUUUUAUUUUACCAAUGGCAUAAACAUCUCUCCUGCCAGGAAGUACAUUUAUAUUGCUGACUCUCUUGAUCACUCUAUUCACAUUAUGGGGAAAGAUGACAACAACAGCUUGACUCCGGUGAAGGUCAUUCCAUUGGAGACAAUACCACGUAGCAUAGAUGUCGAUCCAGUCACAGGAAACCUAUGGGUUGGCUGCCUUCCUAAUUGCUGGAAAUUGUUUAAUUAUGAUCCUGAGAGUCCACCUGGCUCAGAGGUGAUCCUCAUCCAGAACAUUCUGUCUGAUGAGCCAGUUGUGACUCAGGUGUAUGCCAACAAUGGUUCUGUUCUUCAAGGCUCCUCAGUCGCAGCGGUGUAUGAAAAGAAGUUGAUUGUGGGCACUGGUUUUCAUAAAGCUCUCUUAUGUGACCUGAGUGAACCAGAACACGAUGUAGCAUAACCUUUCAUUUAGUUCAACAGAAACGGUCUACAUGUCCUCUCACCUGCUAAAACGCAAAUAAAAACUAACUGUGCAGCAGCAGUCAGUUAUAGAAAUAACUCAUCUAACAAUAUAGAUUUUUUACGUGGGUUUUUGGGCAAUGGUUUAUAAAGACAUGCUUCCCUUUUCUUUUAAUGAAAUAAUAUGACAUUCUGCAUUUCUCAGCUAAAGAAUUAUAGCUGUGGAUAGAGCUUACCAAAUAAAUUGGUACCACUAACUACUUAUUAGCAGUUAAUUAAAUGUUACAUAAUAGAUAAACGCCACUGAUUACUUCCCAACAUUUUCCUGCUGUUUACCAGAUACACCAUUUCUUUUACUUGACACUUGAAAAAAGAGACUUCAAAUGGCUUCUGCUAUGGGCAUUAUGUAUUUGGGAUUGUGUAUGCUGCUUCUGAAAUUAAUAAUUAAAAAAAGAAGCAUUGUAUUUUAAAUUAAAUAAAAUCACUGUAUUUAAUGCACUCAUCAAAUUCAAGGAAGAUUCCAAAAACAUGUAAUUUGUGUAGCAUUCAGAUUGCCUGUAGAUGAAAAGAUGAAAGGCCAGAUUCAAUAAAGUCAGUGUACACAAUAUGUAUUCAAUAAAAUUCUUAUCACA